GUUUCAUCUGAAGACCGAAGUACACUGUGGGCUUUGAUUACUUUUUAUGGAGGGAAUUGCCAGCUAAGCCUCAAUAAUAAGUGUACUCAUUUGAUUGUGCCUGAGCCAAAGGGGGAAAAAUAUGAAUGUGCUUGUAAACGGGACAGCAUUAAAAUUGUAACACCAGACUGGGUACUGGAUUCUAUAGCUGAUAAGACUAAAAAAGAAGAGACUUCUUAUCAUCCUCGUUUAAUUAUAUACGAGGAAGAAGAAGAGGAGGAAGAGGAAGAGGAGGAAGAAGCAGAAAAUGAAGAACAAGAUUCUCAAAAUGAAGCUAGUACUGAUGAAAAAUUAUCAAGCCCACCAUCUUCUCGAGAAGGAUCACCUUUGGGUGAUCAAGUUUUUUCACCAAAAUCUACUACUGCGGAUAAGGCAAAAGGGGAAUUGAUGUUUGAUGAUUCUUCAGAUUCCUCUCCAGAAAAGCAAGAAAGGAAUUUGAAUUGGACACCAGCUGAAAUCCCACAGGCAUCUGCAGCAAAGCGCAAUCUAAUGGCUUCAGUACAAGGUGCCCAAAGUUCUGAUCGACAGGAAAUGAUGGCUACGUGGAGUCCAGCUGUGCGGACAUUAAGGAAUAUUACUAAUAGUGCUGAUAUUCAGCAGAUUAAUAGACCAUCAAAUGUAGCACAUAUAUUACAAUCACUUUCAGCACCUACAAAAGGUUUAGAACAACAAGUAAAUCAUAGCCAACAGGGACAUCCAAAUGCGGUGCUGUUUAGUCAAGUGAAACUGACGCCAGAGACACAUUUAUUACAGCAGUCGCAUCAAGCACAGCAACAACAGCACCAUCCUCUUUUACACCUUCAACCUCAACAACUUAUGCAGCUACAACAGCAGCAGCAGCAACCCCAGAUUUCCCAGCAGUCUUUCCAACAGCAACAGCCUCAUCAGUUUUCACAACAGCAACAGCAAGUUCAUCAGCAGCACCAGUUCGCGCAACAGCAGCUUCAGUUUCCACAGCAGCAGUUACAUGCUCAACAGCAGCUACACCGUCCUCAGCAACAGCUCCAGUUCCAGCAGCAGCAUGCUUUGCAACAGCAACUUCAUCAGUUGCAGCAGCAGCAGCUACAGCAGCAACAAUUGCAACAGCUACAGCAACAGAAUCUGCAACAACAACAGCUACAGCAUCAGCAGCAGCAAAUACAGCAGCAGCAAUUGCAGCAGCAGCACUUACAGCGAUUACACCAACAGCAUCAGCAACAGCAAAUGCAGAAUCAGGCAACACCACACUUAACUCAGACAUCUCAAGCACUACAGCAUCAAAUUGCAGCCCAGCAGCCACAACACCACCAGCAGCAACAGCAGCAACUGCAACAGCAGCCGCUUUUUGGACACGAUCCAGCAGCAGAGAUUCCAGAAGAGUAUUUCCUACUGGGCUGUGUCUUUGCAAUUGCUGAUUACCCAGAACAGAUGUCUGACAAACAGCUGUUAGCGACCUGGAAACGGAUCAUUCAAGCACAUGGUGGGACAGUGGACCCUACCCUUACAAGCAGAUGUACACAUCUUCUUUGUGAAAGCCAAGUCAGUAACAUGUAUGCUCAGGCUUUAAGAGAAAGGAAGAGAUGUAUUACAGCACAUUGGCUGAACUCAAUCUUGAAAAAGAAGAAAAUGGUACCACCUCAUCGAGCCCUUCAUUUUCCAGUGGCAUUUCCACCAGGAGGAAAGCCAUGCUCUCAACAUAUAAUCUCUGUGACAGGAUUUGUUGAUAGUGACAGAGAUGACCUCAAACUAAUGGCCUACCUAGCAGGUGCCAAAUACACAGGCUACCUGUGUCGCAGCAAUACAGUUCUCAUCUGUAAAGAGCCGAGUGGCUUGAAGUAUGAGAAAGCUAAAGAGUGGAGAAUACCAUGUGUGAAUGCGCAGUGGCUCUGUGACAUACUGCUAGGAAAUUUUGAAGCUUUACGGCAGAUACAGCACAGUCGGUAUACAGUAUUCAGUCUUCAAGAUCCGCUUUCUCCUAGCCAACAUCUAGUUCUAAACCUUUUGGAUGCUUGGAGGGUCCCAUUAAAGGUAUCACCAGAACUUCUAAUGGGUGUGAGGUUGCCUUUGAAACCAAAGCAAAAUGAAUCCAGUCUUCAGCCGUCUUCCAAAAGACCAAGGAUUGAAGACCUACCACCACCUACUAAAAAGCUCACCCCAGAAUUGACACCAAUGGUGCUCUUCACAGGAUUUGAACCUAUGCAAGUUCAACAGUACAUUAAGAAACUGUAUAUCCUUGGAGGUGAAGUAGCAGAAUCUGCCCAGAAAUGCACCCAUCUAAUUGCCAGUAAAGUGACCCGAACUGUCAAAUUCCUGACAGCAAUUUCUGUAGUCAAGCACAUAGUGACUCCAGAGUGGUUAGAAGAAUGUUUCAAAUGCCAGAAGUUUAUUGAUGAGCAGAACUUUGUGCUCAGAGAUGCUGAAGCUGAGGUGCUAUUCUGCUUUAGUUUAGAGGAGUCUCUAAAGAGAGCACAAGUAGCUCCACUGUUCAAGGGAAAAUAUUUUUACAUUACACCUGGAAUUUGUCCCAGUCUUUCCACCAUGAAAGCUAUUGUGGAAUGUGCAGGAGGAAAAGUAUUAUCUAAACAACCUUCUUUUCGAAAACUCAUGGAGCAUAAGCAGAAUAAAAGUUUGCCUGAGAUAAUCUUGAUUUCCUGUGAAAAUGAUCUUCACUUAUGUCGAGAAUAUUUCACAAGAGGCAUAGAUGUCCACAAUGCUGAGUUUGUCCUGACUGGGGUACUUACUCAAACACUGGAUUAUGAAUCAUAUAAAUUUACUUGAUGGAUAGUGAAAUGCCUUACUGCUUCGGAAUCCUUGGAGCAUUAAAUCUAGCUGUUCAGCCAUUGUACAAAGCAACUAAAACUUCCUGUGGAUGCUGUUUUCCAGCUGUUUUCCUAGGGAUGAUGAGCAGUUCAAAGCAGGAAAGCAAAAAUAAACUGCAUCUUUUUUAGGAUGUGUAAUUUUGUUAUGCUGAAACAUAAUUUACUAUGUUUUGUAUUAUACUACCAUUUUAAAAGAGCCCACUUUAGCUAUCAUGAUUAGCCCGUUUUUAAACAUUUUAACGUAAAUGAUGGUACUUCAGCCAAAAGUGUAAUUUGGAUGUAAAAAUAAAAGGGCUUGCUAUCUAUUAAAUUAUGGAUGUUGAAGAUGAAAAUGUUUUGUACUUUAUUUUUAUUUCUUAUACUCUAUUUUCUUUUAUAUUGAUACUUUGCCCACAUUUUAAAUAAAUGUACUUUUAAAUGUUUUA